GUGUCAGUGUUCCCUGUGUUCCAUUCCACCAGCUGCCCUUUACUCUCAGCGCGCCUGAUCAAUCCUCAGAAAUGCAGAAUCCCAGGAAUGAAAUGGUUGCUCAGCUGCACAACUUAUGUGCUCAGGGCGAUACUACUAAGCUGUUUGCUCUUCUGAAUCAUUCAUCCUCGAUCAUUAAUGAAACCGCUGAAAAUGGAUGGAGUGCUCUUAUGUACGCAGCUAGGAAUGGCCACUUUGAUGUAGUGAAGAUGCUGCUGGAGAAAGGGGGUGACAAGUCAUUGGCGAACAAGUCAAGGCAGACUGCUUUAGACAUUGCCAAAUUUUGGGGUCACAAACACAUCGUUAAUUUGCUCACCCACUCAAGAAGUGGCCCAAAGCCAAAUUUUUUAGUAAACGCAGAGGAAGAGCAUGAAAAUUAUUUCAGUAGCACGUUUUUAGACAGAAGGAGUGACAAAAGGACAGACACUAACUGGCUGAAAUCCAAACAAACACACGUCACUUCAGUAUAUAUCAUUUUCUCCAACCUGUGUCCAUUGGUAUCAUUAAUUGGAACAAAAGAUAAUGCUCAGGAACCAGAAAUCAAGCUCUGCAGGCUUCAGCACGAGGAUGUGAAGGAACACUUGUCAAAGCCCAAUGAGGUCUCAUUAAUUUUUCUAGGAGUGGAAAAACAAUUAAAUAAUCCAAGCACUGCAGGAGCACAGAAGCCGGUGGCAGAACAGGAUGAUGCACUGGUAGCCUGGUUUGCCCUGAAUGUAGAAAAUUUAUCUACAGAUCAAUUUGAAGGGAAACAUGACGGCUGCUAUUUUCUUCAGCCCCCAAUGCCGGCCUUUUUGCAGCUGAUCAGCACAGAAGCAGGCAUUUUAGCACAAGCACGGUCUGUACUUGCUUGGCACAGCCGGUACAAGUUCUGCCCAACUUGUGGAGGCGAAACAGUAAUUGAAGAAGGUGGGUACAAACGAACCUGUUUAAAAGGAGGUUGUCCCAGUUUACAAGGCAUCCAUAACACAUCAUAUCCAAGAUUAGAUCCUGUAGUGAUAAUGCUUAUAGUGCAUCCUGAUGGAAACCACUGCUUGUUGGGGAGACAGAAGAGAUUUCCUGCUGGCAUGUUCUCUUGUUUGGCUGGGUUUAUAGAACCAGGGGAAACCAUAGAAGACGCUGUGCGGAGAGAAGUGAAAGAGGAGAGUGGCGUUAAAGUUGGGCAUGUUCAGUAUGUUUCAUGCCAGCCUUGGCCCAUGCCCUCUUCCCUAAUGAUUGGUUGCUUAGGCGUUGCAAUAUCUACAGAAAUUACAGUCGACAAGAUUGAAAUAGAGGACGCACGUUGGUUCACUAGGGAACAGGUCAUAGAAGCUUUGCUCAAAGGAAAUCAGCAAUCUUUGGUUGUGCCGCCCAGACAUGCUAUUGCCCACCAGUUAAUAAAGCAUUGGAUUGGAAUGAAUUCUAAUUUAUAGUAUCAUCAACGCUGAGGGUUCUUUCAAAAUAUAAUUGACUAAUUACCAUUUGAUUAUCAAUCAUGCUAAAUAAGAAUCUGGAAAAUUUUAAAAGCAAUGACCCGCAGCAACAUCAUCAGCCACUCUCAUGUUGUAUGUUACGCCUAACAGAUUCAUCAUCUAUCUGUAAAGGGUGUCUCCUCAAGUCGCACAGUUUCUUAUCUAUUUUAAUACUUAAAAAUUAUUGAAAUGUAUAUACAGGUUGAGUAUCCCAUAUCCAAAUAUUCCAAAAUACAGAAUAUUCCGAAAUACGGACUUUUUUGAGUGAGAGUGGGAUAGUGAAACCUUUGUUUUUUGAUGGCUCAAUGUACACAAACUUUGUUUAAUACACAAAGUUAUUAAAAAUAUUGUAUUAAAUGACCUUCAGGCUGUGUGCAUAAGGGAGGUCAUUCCGAGUUGUUCGCUCGCAAGCGGAUUUUAGCAGAUUUGCUCAUGCUAAGCCGCCGCCUACUGGGAGUGAAUCUUAGCAUCUUAAAAUUGCGACCGAUGUAUUCGCAAUAUUGCGAUUACACACCUCGUGGCAGUUUCUGAGUAGCUCCAGACUUACUCGGCAUCUGCGAUCAGUUCAGUGCUUGUCGUUCCUGGUUUGACGUCACAAACACACCCAGCGUUCGCCCAGACACUCCUCCGUUCCUCCGGCCACUCCUGCGUUUUUUCCCACACGACCAUAAAACGGCCUGUUUCCGCCCAGUAACACCCAUUUCCUGUCAAUCACAUUACGAUCGCCAGAACGAUGAAAAUGCCGUGAGUAAAAUUCCUAAGUGCAUAGCAAAUUUACUUGGCGCAGUCGCAGUGCGGACAUUGCGCAUGCGCAUUAAGCGGAAAAUCGCUGCGAUGCGAAAAUUUUUACCGAGCGAACAACUCGGAAUGAGGGCCCAGGUGUAUAUGAAAAAUAAAUGAAUUGUGUGAAUGUACACACACUUUGUUUAAUGCACAAAGUUAUAAAAAAUAUUGGCUAAAAUGACCUUCAGGCUGUGUGUAUAAGGUGUAUAUGCAACAUAAAUGCAUUCUGUGCUUAGAUUUAGGUCCCAUCACCAUGAUAUCUCAUUAUGGUAUGCAAUUAUUCCAAAAUACAGAAAAAUCCCAUAUCCAAAAUACCUCUGGUCCCAAGCAUUUUGGAUAAGGGAUACUCAACCUGUAAUUAAAAAAAGUUAAAGAUAAACAGUAACUUCAAUUUAAAAAAACAACUAUUUUGUGUUGCCUCAUAGCAUACAGUUCAUUACUGUAUCACUACUAUUAUUAUUAUAGAAUUAUGUGUACCCAAUACUCCCUAUAUACCCUGUUUAGCUCUGGCAUUGAUGUCACUGCAGAAGGGAGUACAUGACUGGCCGUCAUCUUCCAUAUAAUGGAUGCAGACACUCACAACUCUUAUAUCUACCUUGGCUGUCCCUUCCUCAGUAUUAUGUUCUAGUGCACUAGAUACUAAUGCCCAGAUUUAUCAAGCCUUGGAGAGUGAUAAAUUGCACGGUGAUAAAGUACCAACUAAUCAGCUCCAAACUGCCAUGUUACAGACUGUGUUGAAAAAUGACAGUUAGGAGCUGGUUGGUUGUUACUUUAUCAUCGUGCAAUUUAUCACUGUACUAGGCUUGAUAAAUCUGGGCCUUAGGGGUCUAUUUACUAAGCCUUGGGUGGUGAUAAAGUGGACGGAGAUACAGUACCAGCCAAUCAACGCCUAACUGUCAUUUUUCAAACACAGCCUGUGACAUGACAGGAGCUGAUUGGCUGGUACUUUUUUUCCUUCCAAGGCUUAGUAAAUAGACCUCUUUUUAUAGCAGACAAUAUGAAGGGAGAGGCAGGCAGACAGCACCUUGCAGAUGUGAAUCUCCAUGUCUGUCAUAUUGUUAGGCUGAGGAGCAGCAGAAAUCCUGUGCUCCCUCUGCUGUAGAACAUUGUAGCUGGCACUGAACAGGGUAGAUAGGUAAGGAUGUAGGGGCAGUAAAAACCCAUAAUAAAAAUAAUCUGUAAAGACUAUGGUGGAGGGAAAAAUUAGUUUAAAAGAAUUCCAUGUACUUUUUAUUUUAUCUAUUGCUGUACUCUGCAGCUAGUAGAGAUAUAGGGGAUCAUUCCGACCUGAUGGCACGCUGCCGUUUUUCACAGCGCAGCAAUCGGGUCACUACUGUGCAUGCGUAUGCACCGCAAGCGGAUCGUUGCUCUGCGAUGGAUUUAACGAAGAAUCCAUUCGCAUAGCGAUCGCAAGGAGAUUGACAGGAAGAGGGCAUUUAUGGGUGACCGUUUUCUGGGAGUGUGGAAAAAUGCAGGCAUGUCCAGGCGUUUGCAGGGCGGGUGUCUGACGUCAAUUCCGGGACCGGACAGGCUGUAGUGAUCGCAAGGACUGAGUAAGUUCUGAGCUAUUUAGAAACUGCACAAACUAUUUUUGUACCGCUCGGCUGCAAAUGUGAUCGCACCCUUGCACAGCAAAUAUACACUCCCCAGUGGGCGGCGACUAUGCGUUCGCACGGCUGCACAAAGUAGCUAGCGAGCGAUCAACUCGGAAUGACCCCCAUAGUUUCCAUACAGUUCAGAAGGUGUUUAUUAUUGAUAACACCCAUUUAUCAACAAGUUUAACUAUUUAAAACUUGCUGCGUAUGAUAAAUGGUGUCCAGCCAAUCAGCUCCACCUACCAUUUUUCAAACACGUGACAGGAGCUGAUUGGCUGGAGCACCAUUUAUUAAACGUAACAAGUUUUAAAUAGCUGAAACUUGUUGAUAAAUCUGCCCCAUAGUCCCAUCAUGCUCCGUGCCUCACAUCCUGGGGUGUGACUGUAAACUGCAAGAGGAAGCGCCCAGCUUGUCUAGUCAGCUGUUUUUGAAAAGUGUCAUUCUGAUCAUCAGUUAAAAUUCCUGAUAUCAAAGACAUAGGGCAGGGAGACAUAACCCCAAUAGAUUAAAACUACUUGAAGACUGUUGGAUAAUAUAAAUCUUACAUACAAUGGAGCUUAAUGAGUUUAUUUGCAAUUAAGAUCUUAAACCUUAUGUUUAAAUAUGAUUUAAUUUCCCUUCCUUAUCUCUUCUAUUUAUGGACAUUGCUCAUGUAUUAUGAAUAUUUAUUUCAUCAUGAAAUUGUUACAUUCUGAGACAGCGUGAUAUGUAGAGACACUGGAAGAGUUACACAUUAGUGCAGUAAUACUGGUUUCAUUACCAUUUUUGUUGGCAAUUAUGAAGCAGAGCAUGAUGUUUAUGCGGGAUUGGUAUGAUUUGCUGACGGCCGUCUAUAUACCGACAACGGCAUCCCGGCCACCAGUAUGCCGGCAGUGGGGCGAGCGCAGAGAGUCCCCUUACGGGCUCAGUGGCUUGCUGCGCACACCACAGGCUCUGUUCCCACUCUAUGGGUGUCGUGGACACCCAGGAGUGGGAAUAGCCCUGUUCGCCAGGAUUCUAGCUGUCGUCAUUGUCAGCUGUCGGUAUUCCGGCGUCAGUAUCCUGACUGCCGGGAUCCCUACAGCCGGAAAAUUAGCUGCAUCCCGUUUAUGGCACACACAGUUGUUUUGCAUUGAAAGGUAUUGCUAUUUCUCAUACGUCCUAGAGGAUGCUGGGGACGACAUCAAGACCAUGGGGUAUAGACGGGAUCCGCAGGAGACAUGGGCACUCCAAAGACUUUUCAUUGGGUGUGAACUGGCUCCUCCCUCUAUGCCCCUCCUCCAGACCUCAGUUUUAGAAAUGUGCCCAGGUCGACUGGAUGCACUCUGAGGAGCUCUACUGAGUUUCUCUGAAAUAGACUUAUGUUAGGUUUUUUAUUUUCAGGGAGAUCUGCUGGCAUCAGACUCCCUGCUUCGUGGGACUGAGGGGGCAGAAGUAGGAACCAACUUCCUAAAGAGUUUCAAGGUUCUGCUUCUGGCUGACAGGACACCAUUAGCUCCUGAAGGGAACUGAAUGCUAGCCGUGCCUAGAUGCUCACUCCCACAGCACGCCGUCACCCCCCUCACAGAGCCAGUAGUCAGAAGACAGGUGAGUGUUAGAAGACAGAUCUUCAAUCAAGAAAGUGACGGCUAAAGGUACCGCACGGCUGGCAGGAGCGCAGCGCGCCAUGUUGCCCACACAUACACAGGCACUGCAGGGCGCGGGGGGGGGGGGGCUGGGCAGCAUGAAACCUAUGGAAACUGGCAUAAAUAAGGGGCAUAAGUUGCUGAGGCACAGUCCUACCCCUACCAGUAUAAAAAAUGUCCUCAUAAAUGCUGUGGAGAAACACACCAUUGAAGAGUGGAGCUUUCUCCUCAGUCAGCCAGCACACUGCUCAGCGCCAUUUUCUCUCUUUCCUCAGGCUGCAGAGACAAGGCUGGUCCUCCACUACUGAACAAGUAUCGGGGUGAAAAACGGGGGGCACAGUGAAUUUGGUGCUAUAUAAUUGUGUGAUUAACAUUAUAAAAGCGCUGAAUGUCAGUGGGCAUUUUGUGUUCACAGACAUUGUGUUACUGGCGCUGGGUUGUGAGCUGGCAAAUCCCAUCUGCGUCCCUCUGACAGAUUUUACUGUGGGUCUGUCCCCUAAAUCCCGGAGUGUCUGUGGUGUGGUUCUGCACGUGUGUGACAUGUCUGUGGCAGGGAACUCAGUGGAGACAUGUUAGGGACACAGUGUUAGGUUCCUGGUGCUCAGAACAAGGGAGAUGUUAUGAAGCGAGUCCAGAGCACCAGGACGUAAUGCUGGGAAAGGGGAAUGGAAAGGGAAUAGCCCCUGGCGCCCUAUCUCCGUUGUCUCGCCCGUGCUGUCAGUACACUCUUGCGAGACUAUGGUUGCUUGAGCCCAUGGCAGCCGCGUUUGAAGGGCGGAUUACGUCUGCCCAACUUCGAUGCCCCCUCAGGUCUUAAUGAGAGACAAAGAGUGAACCGAGACAGGGUGAUAACAAGGGGCCCUCUGACUAAACAAGGCCAGGGGCUACUGACAAACCUAAAACCAAAGUAUGUGCGGCUUGCCGCCAAAGGAAAAGAACAACAAAGGAAAUGCUGACCACACGCCGACACAAUACUUUUGUGUACCGGCGGUGACAGCAUAAGCAGAACCCUCUGCAAAACACCAGUGACAGAAAUAAUAAGGGAAUAUAGCGGCCUAGGCCGACGGACGCGGCGGUGCCGCUACUCACGGAACCGGUACGAAUACUGGCAAACGGACAGGAACUCCCAAUGCUGCUGACACAGACUCUCAGAACUGGAGGACAGGCAGAAUCCCAAACGACAGACCGGUGGACACCAAGAAGCCAGAAACUUGACCAGGCACAGGCAAAGGCACUGGACCUCAGGACAGGAACGCCUCACGGCAGGACACGGGAUCAGACAUAGGAAUCGACACAGGAAGCUCAGGAACUAGCAGGAACCAAGCUCAGAACUCAAGCAGACUGGAAACCCAGAAAUAUCACCAGCGUCUGUGAAUAGCACUGAGCCAGCAUAUAACAGAGAGGCCUAAUUAAUAAUCUCAUGCAGCUGCCCUGUUGCAUGACUCCAAACUGACAAGAUGCAAUUAGCAGCCAGGUGAGGCUGAACACAUGGGAACAAGCUGCAAUUACACAGACUCACCAGCGGCAGCAACCAAGAGUACUCUUAAACAGAGCAACGGGAAAUCCUGGCCUGCGAAACAACUUAUAAACAUAAAAUAGGAAUGAACCACUACCCGUGGUUCAUAACAGUAUCCCCUCCUUAAGGGUAAGUUCCGAGCACCCCAUGACACCCACGGGGAACAUGAACAGAAGAAUAACAUAAAAUACCUAACUGACAUGCAAAACAGGAAUGAGCCACAGCCGUGGCUCAUAACAGUACCCCCCCCCCCUUGAGGAGGGGUCAAAGGACCCCAAAAUACAGACUAUCCAAAACAAGGGAUACAAAAAAAAACCUGACACACUGGUCUAACAGACACGAAAACAGAAACAAGCUGCAACCACAGCUUGUAACAGUGCCCUCCCCCUGAUGGUGGACACAAGACAAGGAAAAAAAAUAUUUAUUUAUUUUUUUUUUUAUAUCAAGGCAAGAGUCAAAAAUUAUUUCUUUUACUUCUUCUUUUUACAAAGCUCUUUAGGUCUGACCAAGGUAAUUCCCCAAACAUUGUCUGAACUGAUGGUACCACCCAGCAAGGCUGCGUUCAAAUCAGAGACAGGUUUCUUACCCUUGGGAGCUGAACUUUCUGGCAAAGUACUCCUAUUGGAAGAAGAAUUCAGAAAAGCACAUCCUGCAGUCAAAACAACGGGCUGAGACUCUUGUACCGAGUUUACAGUAUUUGGUGGACUCUCAGCAGACACGACGGCUGACUUAGAGGAACCUGAACCAAUUUCUUUGGAACCAUAUCUUUUAAUAAUAGCAUCACUGAAUGCUGGGGGAUCCUGAAGAAUGGGAUCUUCAGCUUUCAUUAGGCUGGUCGCCCACUCAAAAGGCUCUCCUCUAAAAGAAUAAAUCAGAUAGAGCACAAGGUUCUCUGAAGUGAUGCCCAGAAAUGGUCUAGACAACAAAAUAAUGUAAUAGUGUUUGUAAAGCGCCAGAAAUUGGGCUAAGUCCCCAUCAAAGAUUAUGGAUGUUGAGAUAUCAACAGAGUCAGGAUCUGUUUCCUUCCCAUCUGACUGACUGGAGUGCUUUGCUAGGACCUGGUCACUAUUGACCUUACUCGAGGCUGAGACUCUCUGAACCCCACCCGGGGCAGUGACUUUCUGAACCCCACCCGGGGCAGUGUCUUUCUGAACCCCACCCGGGGCAGUGGCCUCCGGGAACCCCGCUGGGGCAGUGGCCUCCGGGAACUCCGCUGGGGUCAGCACCUCGGAUUCUUUUACUGGGACCGAGCCGUCGGCCUCCCCCACUGGGACCGAGCCAUCGCCCUCCCUCUCUGAGUCGAUAAUUAUCGAAACUUCUCCCGGGACUAUGACUUCCGGGACUUUUGCUGAAGCUAUAACCUUCAGCACCUCCACUAAUGCUACGCCUCUUAAGUUCUUUCCUGGGGAAGCGACCUCUAGACCCUUCUUAGAGGCUGCGUCUCUCGAGACCCCACUUGGGGAUAUUACUUCAAAUAUCCCUUCUGGGGUUUUGCUUCUCGAGUUCCCUUCUAGAACUAUGGUUUUAGAUACCCUUUCUGGGGUUGCGCUCUUCAAGUCCCUACCUGGGGUAACAGCUUCUGAGACCCCUUCUGGUAUGGAAACCUGAGCUAUAAUAUUUGAUGUCCCUCUAUAAGCUACAGCAUCAGGUACCGCUCCAGCGCUCUGGGCAUCAGGUACCGUUCCAGCACUCUGGGCAUCGGGCACCGCUCCAGCACUCUGGGUAUCGGGCACCUCUCCAGGACCCUGGGCAACGGGCACCUCUCCAGGACCCUGGGCAACGGGCACCUCUCCAGGACCCUGGGCAACGGGCACCACUCCAGGACCCUGGGCAACGGGCACCACUCCAGGACCCUGGGCAACGGCACCACUCCAGGAACCUGGGCAACGGGCACCACUCCAGGAACCUGGGCAACGGGCACCACUCCAGGAACCUGGGCAUCGGGCACCACUCCAGGAACCUGCAACGCUGCUUCAACAGGAACCUCAAGAGAGGAGAGAAACAUUCUCUUUUGAUUCCUGAAUCUAUAAUGGGGCUCCCUUGCCCAAGGACCCCAAUUAUAGGACAGAGAGCUUUUUAGUGUGGGUUGUGUGACAAGUACCUCUGCCACAGUAGAGACAUGAGUAGGUCUUGUAUCCUGACUCAACUUGGCCAGAGGGCAAGACUCGUCACCACACUUUGGCUUGCGCAACUCACAGGUCUGCAGAUAGUGGCCUAAACCCCCACAAUAUAGGCAUAAGUUUAAGUUUCUGCGACGCAGACGCUCCUCCUCUGAGAGCCUGGGCCGCAGAAAACUUUUAAACCUUUUCUCUUCAAUUAAACCAGAGGAUUCUCUUGUCACCAUACUGUGAACAAGAGUCUCUUUAGAGAUAGAUGUACUCUCAACGACUUCUGGCAAGAUGAGCAAGAUUUUAGUCAAAAGGUUUUGCAGUUGCUUUAAGGAUUGCUGCAAAACUUCUAGUCGCUCUGGUCUCAAAGCACUGAAAGCAGAGUUCAGGGCUGAGAGAGAUGCCUGCAGGGCUUGCAUAGUAGACAUAGGAGGAUUUAAAACUAGACAAGGCAAGACUAGACAAGGCAAGACUAGAUAAGGCAGGACUAGAUCUUUGCUAAACAAAAGACUGUUUUUUUUUGUUUGUUUUUUAAACACCGGACUGGAUUCUAAACACCGGACUGGAUUCUAAACACCGGACUGGAUUCUAAACACUGAAUUCUAGACAAGACUGGAUUCUAAACACCGGAUUGGAUUCUGCACACUGAAUUCUAGACAGGACUGGAUUCUAGACUAGACACUGGACUGGGCCAAAAAAGAAAAGUUUUAUUUCUUUUUUGUGGUAUGGCUGGUGAGAAUGUUAGGUUCCUGGUGCUCAGAACAAGGGAGAUGUUAUGAAGCGAGUCCAGAGCACCAGGACGUAAUGCUGGGAAAGGGGAAUGGAAAGGGAAUAGCCCCUGGUGCCCUAUCUCCGUUGUCUCGCCCGUGCUGUCAGUACACUCUUGCGAGACUAUGGUUGCUUGAGCCCAUGGCAGCCGCGUUUGAAGGGCGGAUUACGUCUGCCCAACUUCGAUGCCCCCUCAGGUCUUAAUGAGAGACAAAGAGUGAACCGAGACAGGGUGAUAACAAGGGGCCCUCUGACUAAACAACAAGGCCGGGGGCUACUAACAAACCUAAAACCAAAGUAUGUGCGGCUUGCCGCCAAAGGAAAAGAACAACAAAGGAAAUGCUGACCACACGCCGACACAAUACUUUUGUGUACCGGCUGUGACAGCAUAAGCAGAACCCUCUGCAAAACACCAGUGACAGAAAUAAUAAGGGAAUACAGCGGCCUAGGCCGACGGACGCGGCAGUGCCGCUACUCACGGAACCGGUACGAAUACUGGCAAACGGACAGGAACUCCCAAUGCUGCUGACACAGACUCUCAGAACUGGAGGACAGGCAGAAUCCCAAACGACAGACCGGUGGACACCAAGAAGCCAGAAACUUGACCAGGCACAGGUAAAGGCACUGGACCUCAGGACAGGAACGCCUCACGGCAGGACACGGGAUCAGACAUAGGAAUCGACACAGGAAGCUCAGGAACUAGCAGGAACCAAGCUCAGAACUCAAGCAGACUGGAAACCCAGAAAUAUCACCAGCGUCUGUGAAUAGCACUGAGCCAGCAUAUAACAGAGAGGCCUAAUUAAUAAUCUCAUGCAGCUGCCCUGUUGCAUGACUCCAAACUGACAAGAUGCAAUUAGCAGCCAGGUGAGGCUGAACACAUGGGAACAAGCUGCAAUUACACAGACUCACCAGCGGCAGCAACCAAGAGUACUCUUAAACAGAGCAACGGGAAAUCCUGGCCUGCGAAACAACUUAUAAACAUAAAAUAGGAAUGAACCACUACCCGUGGUUCAUAACAGUAUCCCCUCCUUAAGGGUGAGUUCCGAGCACCCCAUGACACCCACGGGGAACAUGAACAGAAGAAUAACAUAAAAUACCUAACUGACAUGCAAAACAGGAAUGAGCCACAGCCGUGGCUCAUAACACACACAGGUGUAAUAUGACACCAAGAGCCUGACUGGGUGAAAGGUUACAUGAUAGAAUGAAUCAUAUCAGUAAGAGGUUGGACUGAAUCUCAUACAGAACUGAAAAUAAUCUGUUGAAGAUGUGAUUUUUAAUAGUUCUGCCUUUCAUCCACAGGGACCUUUCUGGGUCACAUACAAAUUUGUACAAGUAGUAAAAACUGAUACCGACACGGACUCUGUUUCCUGUGUCGACACUAGUGAUUCCAGGGGAAUAGGUCCUAAGUUAGCAAAAAAGCAUUCAAAACAUGUUUUAGCUAUAAAGGAGGUGUUAGAAUUUACGAAGCACCCUCUUUUACCACGGUUUACUUUAGUAAAGAAGUAAUGUAAUUUUCCCUCCACCUCAGGUCUGAUUUAACCUGAAAAGAAAUUUCAGAUUCCCAAAACGAAUUCAGGCAGCUUACCUUUUUCCAAAAAAGGUGGGAGUCACCCCGCAUUUUAGACAGGGCCCUGUCAUAAAAGAGAAAAGGUGUUUCUCCCUGCGCCUGGAAUGGCUUCACUUAAGGAGCCGACAGACCGCAAGUGAGUGAGGUGAUUUAUUGAUGUGGCCAAUGGGACACUACUCAGGCCUACCAUUGUCUGUGAGUGCGUGAGUAGUGCUAUUGAAAAGUGGUCAGAAAAUUGUCAUUAGACAUUGACACAAUAGAUGGAGACGAGAUACUCCUAACGUUAGGGCAUAUCUAAGACGCUGCUACGUACGUACUAGAAUCCAUGAAAUAUAUUGGUUUCUUGGGAACAAGAACCGCUACCAUGGCAGUAUCGGCUCGGAGGGCGUUGUGGAUUCGCCAGUGGAAUGCUGAUGUAGAUUCCAAAAUAAAAUAUGGAGGCUCUCCCGUAUAAAGGUGAGGCCUUGUUUGGUGAUGGGCUGGAUGCAUUAGUCUCGGCGGCUACCGCAGGUAAGUCGACAUUCUUGCCUUAUGCUCCUACACCGGCGAAAAAGACACAUCACUCUCAAAUACAGUCCUUUCGGCCCAACAAAUACAAAAAGGCCAAAGGUCUCCCCUUUUUUUUGCAGGUAGGGGAAGGGGAAAAUGAAAGAAAUCCGCAGCGUCUCCCGGAUCGCAGGAGCAGAAGUCCACCCCCGCUUCUGCCAAAUCUGCAGCAUAACGCUGGGGCUCCUUUGCGGGAGUCCGCUUGGGUGGGACCACGUCUGAAACUUUUCAGCCAAAUCUGGAUUCAAUCUGGCCUGGACCAAUGGGUCUUACAAAUAGUGUCCCAUGGGUGCAAACUAGAGUUUCAAGACGUCCCCCCAUGCCGAUUUUUCAAAUAGACCUUGCCAGCUUCUCUUCCGGGAAGAGAGGCAGUAACAACGGCAAUUCAAAAAUUAUGUCAGGAUCAGGUCAUUGUCCUGGUACCCUUGGCACAGUAAGGAGAAGGUUUUUUUAUUCAAGCCUCUUCGUAGUUCGGACGGCUCGGUCAGACCGAUUUUAAAAAUGAAAAUCUGAAUCUUUACCUGAAAGGUUUCAAGUUCAAGAUGGAAUCCCUGAGGGUAGUGAUUUCCAGUCUGGAAGAGGGGGACUUCAUGGUGUCAGUAGACAUAAAAGAUGCUUACUUGCAUGUUCCCAUUUAUCCUCACCAAGCUUAUCUGAGAUUCGCAGUACAGGAUUGCCAUUACCAGUUUCAGUUCAGACGUUGCCGUUCAGACUCUCCACGGCACCGAGGGUAUUCACCAAGGUGAUGGCGGAGAUGAUGGUCGUCCUUCGUUAAAAAGGAGUCAAUAUAAUUCCUUAUCUGGACGAUCUCCUGAUAAAAGCGAGAUCCAGGGAACAGUUGGUGCAGAACAUCGCACUCUCUCUCAAUACUCCAACAACAGGGUUGGAUCAUGAAUUUUCCAAAGUCGCAGUUGGAACCGACGACAAGAUUGUCCUUUUUAGGGAUGAUUCUAGACACAGAAGUAUGGAGAGUAUUUCUUCCAGUGGAAAAGGCUCUGGAAAUCCAGAAAAUGGUCAAACAAAUAUUGAAACCAACAAGAGUGUUGAUCCAUCAAUGCAUUCGGUUGUUGGGGAAAAUGGUAGCGGCCUACGAGGCCAUACAGUUUGGCCGAUUUCAUGCCAGAGUAUUCCAGGGGGACCUGUUGGACAAGUAGUCCGGAUGCCACCUACACAUACACCGGAAAAUAAUCCUGUCCCCCAAAGCCAGGAUUUCGCUCCUGUGGUGGCUACACAGUUCUCACCUACUAGAGGGAAGCAGGUUUGGGAUUCACGACUGGGUCCUAAUAACCACGCAUGCAAGUCUCUGAGGCUGGAGAGCUGUCACACAGGGGGAAAGCUUCCAAGGAAAAUGGUCAAGUCAGGAAGCCUGCCUUCACAUAAACGUUCUGGAAUUGAGAGCCAUUUACAACGGCCUUCUACAAGCGGUACAUCUUCUUCAAGAUCAUCCUGUGCAGAUCCAGUCGGACAAUGUAACAGCAGUCGCGUACAUAAACAGGCAAGGCGGAACGAAAAAGCAGAGCGACAAUGGCAGAGGUGACAAGGAUUCUCCUCUGGGCAGAAAGACAUGUUAGAGCUCUGUCAGCAAAUUUCAUUCCGGGAGUUGACAACUGGGAAGAAUAUUUCCUCAGCAGACACGAUCUCCGUCCAGGAGAGUGGGGCCUCCACCAAGAAGUCUUCGCAGAGGUGACGAGUCUUUGGGGAGUUCCUCAAGUAGACAUGAUGGCAUCUUGUCUAAACAAGAAGCUUCAGAGAUAUUGUUCCAGGUCGAGAGACCCUCAAGCAAUAGCAGUGGAUACACUGGUGACCCAGUGGGUGUUUCGGUCGGUAUAUGUUUUCCCUCCACUUCCACUGAUUCCAAAAGUUCUCAAAAUAAUAAUAAUAACAAGAGUUUGAGCAAUCUUCAUUGCCCCAGACUGGCCAAGGAGGGCUUGGUAUCCAGAUCUCCAGGAGUUGCUCAUAGAAGAUCCUCGGCCUCUUCCUCCUCGAGAGGACCUACUACAGCAGGGGCCGUGUGUGUAUCAAGACUUACCGCGGUUACGUUUGACGGCAUGGCUGUUGAGCGUCGGAUCCUAGCCCGAAAGGGUAUUCCCAAGGAAGUCAUCCCCACUCUUAUUCAGGCCAGGAAAGGAGUAACGUCUAAACAUUACCACCGUAUUUGGAGAAAAUAUGUGUCUUGGUGUGAAUCCAAGAAGGCUCCUACGGAAGAGUUUAAGUUAGGACGUUUUCUCCAUUUUCUGCAGGCUGGUGUGGAUGCGGGCCUUAGAUUGGGGUCAAUCAAGGUCCAGAUUUCGGCCUUAUAAGUUUUCUUUCAAAAACAAUUGGCCUCCUUUCCAGAAGUUCAGACGUUCGUGAAAGGGGUUCUGCACAUCCAGCCUCCAUUUGUGCUUCCAGUGGCACCAUGGGACCUUAAUGUGGUGUUGCAGUUCCUUCAAUCGGGUUGGUUUGAGCCUCUACAAGAAAUAGAGUUGAAGUUUCUCACUUGGAAAGUGGUGAUGCUUUUGGCGUUGGCAUCCGCAAGGCGGGUGUCUGAAUUGGGGGCCUUGUCCCACAAGAGCCCUUACCUGAUCUUCCAUGAAGAUAGGGCAGAGGUGAGAACUCGUCAACAUUUUCUUCCAAAGGUGGUUUUCCUCUUUCCACAUAAAGCAACAUAUUGUGGUGCCAGUUGCUACUGACACGUUCGCUGAGUCAAAGUCUCUAGAUGUGGUUAGAGCUUUGAAGAUUUAUGUCACUAGAACAGCUCGAAAACGGAAAACUGAGGUUUUGUUUGUCCUGUAUGCUCCCAACAAGAUUGGGUGUCCUGCUUCCAAGCAGACUAUUGCGCGCUGGAUCAGAGGUACGAUUCAGCAAGCUCAUUCUACGGCUGGAUUGCCGUUACCGAUGUCGGUGAAGGCCCAUUCUACUAGGAAGGUGGGCUCCUCAUGGGCGGCUGCCCGGGGGGUCUCUGCAUUACAACUUUGCCGAGCAGCUACUUGGUCAGGGUCAAACACAUUUGCAAAAUUCUACAAGUUUGACACCUUGGCCGAUGAAGACCUAAAGUUUGGUCAAUCGGUGCUGCAGGGUCAUCCGCACUCUCCCGCCCGUACUGGAGCUUUGGUAUAGAUCCCAUGGUCUUGAUGUCGUUCCCAGCAUCCUCUAGGACGUAUGAGAAAAUAGGAUUUUGAUAACUUACCGGUAAAUCCUUUUCUCCUAGUCCGUAGAGGAUGCUGGGCGCCCGUCCCAGUGCGUACUUUACCUGCAGUUUAGUAAUUACACAAGUUUAGUUAGUUACACAAGUUGUGUUAUCUUGGUUUCAGCAUGUUGUUGCAAUUAGUUCAUGCCUGUUGGCGUGUGUUAUGUUGAGUGGCAUGGUUGAGGGUGUGAGUUGGUAGAUAUCUCACCAAUAGUUAAGUAAUUCCUUUCCUCGAAAUGUCAGUCUCCCUGGGCACAGUUCCUACAACUGGGGUCUGGAGGAGGGGCAUAGAGGGAGGAGCCAGUUCACACCCAAUGAAAAGUCUUUAGAGUGCCCAUGUCUCCUGCGGACCCGUCUAUACCUCAUGGUCUUGAUGUUGUCCCCAGCAUCCUCUACGGACUAGGAGAAAAGGAUUUACCGGUAGGUUAUCAAAAUCCUAUUUUUACAUUUCCUGUCUACACACGCCAGUAGGCGGAUGUUUUGAAAGCCACCACUUAGUAAAUUUACCCCUGGACCCUGGGGUGCCUUGGGGCACUUGCAGGGGUGCCCUAGGUUGGUCCAGGACAAAUGUUUUUGGUCAGUGUAAUAGGCAAAACAAGUGCAUGUGGCAUCCAAUCAUAAAAUAUUUUGACAAACAAGCAAAUCCUGUGGCUCACCACAUAACUGAACUAAAGGGUAACAUAGACACAAAUGACUUCAUUUAAUACAGGUUAAUUAUCCCAUAUCCCAGUAUUCCGAAAUACGGAAUUUUUUGAGUGAGAGUGAAACAGUGAAACCUUUGUUUUUUGAUGGCUCAAUGUACACAAACUCUGUUUAAUACACAAACUUAUUAAAAAUAUUGUAUUAAAUGACCUUCAGGCUGUGUGUAUGAGGUGUAUAUGAAACAUAAAUGUAUUGUGUGAAUGUAGACACACUUUGUUUUAUGCACAAAGUUAUUAAAAAUAUUAGCUAAAAUGACCUACAGGCUGUGUGUAUAAGGUGUAUAUGAAACAUAAAUGCAUUCUGUGCUUAGACUUGGAUCCCAUCGCCAUGUUAUCUCAUUACGGUAUGCAAUUAUUCCAAAAUACGGAGAAAAUCCGAUAUCCAAAAUACCUCUGGUCCCAAGCAUUUUGGAUAAGGGAUACUCAACCUGUAAUUGUUUCUAAAUUUCUCAGUAAAAAACUUUUGGCUUAAAUGGGGUUCCACACGUACAGAUCUCUCCCAGAGAUGUGUGCUGAGCAAUCUAGCACAGAACGCUCAGCACACAGCGCGAUGUGCGCUGAGCGAGGGAGGGGUCCGCUCACUUCACCAGCAGUGAAGUGAGCAAUCUAAAGUCUAACAUCAGCGAUAGCGACGCGCAGGGCCACGCUUCGCUAUCGCUAUGGGCUAUACACACGGAGAGAUGUGUGCUUAAUUUCUAAGCAAUCAGAUUGCUUAGAAUUUAAGCACACAUCUCUACGUGUGUACCCCCUCAAGGGUGCCAUGAAUAAAAUAGUGAUAAUCUAUAACAUUUAUUGAUGCCAUAACAAAUGAAAAAAAGUCAUUGUUGUUCAAUACAGACAUAACAAAAUGCUAAUGUGUCAGGUUACAAAGCUACAAAGUACACUUGUCAUUAAGUAGUUAAAUAUGCUAAUAAAUAUGAGCUUGUCAUUCAGACUGCUCUGGUAGAGGCUUCUUGGCUUAGGGGUGUAAUAUGUAAUGUUGACAUAUUCUGCAUGUCGUCACUGACAAAUUGUCAACCUGUUCAUUACGUCGCUAUGAAUGCCAGCAGUGAGGAUGUGUAAGUAUUUUAGCCUUACUCUAAUUGCUGCCUAACCCUAAUUGUAUGUGUCAACAUUCUGGCCAUGUCAUCAUUAUAAUGUCUACAUGCUUGGAGAUGGGGGUUGUAUUUAUUGAUGUAAGCAUGUACAUAAAUUUGUUUUUAAUUCCUGAAUGGCUUGAGAAGGGUCAGGCACCCUGAAAUGAUUUGUUGCAGCUGAUAUUAUGUCGGUGGGAUUUUACUAUAACUGCCAGUUAUGCUAAUAAAGGCAGAAUUAUGUCACUGAAUUUCCCAUGUUCUUGUCCUACCUCGACAACCUACAUCUGCAAGAGUACACUCAGGCACCGGUUUAUGAGCCCUGCAGGUACAUAUUCCUGCGCGGGUUGGAUAAAUAGGGGCGGGUGUGAGGUUUUAUGGCAAAAUUUUAAGAAUUGCAUGGGAUUUUUCUUUACUUGUCCACAAUGGAAACCGGUUCAUUUUUAAAUUUGUUUUGUUAUAAGCGAUCGAUCAAUAGUACUGUAGUUGUACAUUACGUUUGGAUAAUGCAUACAUAUCACAUCUUAAUAAAAUAUGACCAUUUAUUUUGCUGUGACAUUAA